AUGGGAGACCUAAAUGGUGCAGCUGAGAUCAACGCCCAACUCCGAGCCUUGCAGGCCGGACAAGCUCAGCUCACGGAAACCCUUAAUGCCUUGACUGCACAAAUGAAUCUCAUGGGUCAGGGAAACCAGAACCAACCCAAUGGCCAGCAGGCUGCAAGAAGGUUCGGCCCUUACCUCAACCAGCCGCAGUCCGAGUCGGAGGAAGAUGAGUCUGAGUAUGAGCCACCAGAUCGUGGAGGUGUUAACCAGGCAGCUCGAGGUGGGAGGCAUGGUAGAGAUGUAAGCCCUUGGGACGGAAGCCCUGACCGGAGGAGGGAUCGAGACCGGAACGAUGAUGCGGCCUUCCAAAGAGGCAAGGACAUCAAACUGAAGCCACCUACGUUCGCGGGAAAGGUCGACCCGGACGCUUACAUCACAUGGGAGAAGCGCAUGGAAUAUAUCUUUGAGUACUACAAGUACUCCGAGGCAAAGAAGAUAGCUCUAGCCGCGGCCCAGCUUACUGAUAAUGCUCUAUCGUGGUGGGAUCGAGAUGUUGCUAAGUCCGGUCCAGUAUGGAGAGCCCAAAACUGGAUUGAGAUGCGAACUAAGCUCCGAGCGAGGUACAUUCCAUCACAUUAUCCUAGAGAUUUACUAAAACGUUUUCGUAAGUUGUCUCAGGGAACUAAGUCUGUGGAGGAGUACUUUGAAGAGUUUGAGGCCCUAAGGAACCGAUUGGAAGUGGACAAGUCUGAGGCGUCCAUGAUGUCUCAGUUCUUGGAGGGGCUGAACGACAGGAUUGCACGGAAGGUGGAGCGCCAGCCGUAUGAGGACUUCAAUGACCUCUUGCACUAUGCCAUCCAGGCUGAGGGCCAUAUCAAGAGAAAGAAUGCGGCCACUAGCCGGAGCAAACCUGCGUGGUCUCAACCAGGUUCCAAAGGUGCUGAAAAGAACAAAUCCAUAGAAGUGGAGAACCGGUUCCAGAAGAACCAAGCUGACACAACUAGAGCCGGUUCAUCUGACCAAGGUAAGGGUCAAGUUCAAAAUCAGAGAACCCGUGAUAUUACUUGUUUUAAAUGUCAGGGAAAAGGACACUAUGCUAGAGAUUGUCCGAACAAGAGAGUGAUGGUCCUUAAGGCCGAUGGGGAGUAUGAGUCCCAAGAUGAGGCCGAGUUGGAGACAGAUGCAUCUGAUGAGGAAUUGGUCGAUUAUGCUGAGACUGAUGGUGGUUCUUGUACUAAUGUGGCCAGCAAGUAUCUUGUUGAUAAGCUAGGUUUGAUCAAGACUCCACACCCGAGACCAUACCGACUCAAGUGGCUCAAUGAUGAGACUGAGCUCAAGAUAGAAGAGCAAGUUGUUGUGUCUUUUAGUAUUGGCAGGUACCAUGACCAGGUGAAGUGUGAUGUUGUUCUUAUGCAAGCCGGCCACAUACUUCUUGGCAGGCCAUGGCAAUUUGACAAGGAAACCAUCCACCAUGGUCGGACCAAUGUCUACAGCUUCUACCAUAACAACAAGAAGCACAGCCUAGCUCCCCUUAGUCCACAAGAAGUCCAUGAUAUGCAGAAAUCAAUGGACCAGGCUGGAAAGGUGCUACUAAUGGUCUUUAAGGAAGGUUGUUUUGCAGGUUUUGAGGCUCAGGAGCUACCUGGCGAGAUGCAAGACCUCAUGGAGAAGUACAAGGACGUCUUCCCUGAUGAUAUCCCAGCCGGCUUGCCCCCCAUCCGCGGCAUUGAACAUCAGAUCGACCUUGUACCAGGCGCACCACUGCCCAACCGAGCCGCAUACCGUGUUAACCCUGAAGAGGCCAAGGAGUUGGAGAGGCAGGUCCAAGACCUCAUGGACAAAGGCUAUAUCCGUGAAAGCCUAAGUCCUUGUGCGGUCCCUGUGAUAACCCGCCUUUCGGGGAGUGGAUACCACCAAGUUCGUAUGAAGGAAGGUGAUGAGUGGAAAACCGCCUUCAAGACGAAACAAGGUUUGCAUGAGUGGCUUGUGAUGCCAUUUGGCCUUACCAACGCCCCCAGCACAUUCAUGAGGCUUAUGAACGAGGUUCUAAGGCCAUACAUCAGUAAUUUUGUGGUUGUGUACUUUGAUGAUAUACUGAUCUAUAGUCAGAGCUUAUCCGAGCAUGUUUAUCAUGUAGAACAGGUGCUGAAGGCAUUGAGGCAAGAGGGACUUUAUGCUAACCUAAAGAAAUAUCAUGAGACUCUUAAACACUUGAGAGGUCAGACCACAUUUAAGAAGAGGCACGCCAGAUGGUUAGAGUUUGUGGAGACUUUCCCUUAUGUGAUUAAGUACAAGAAGGGCAAAGACAAUGUGGUGGCCGAUGCACUGUCCCGGAGACACACUCUUAUCUCCACCAUGGAAGCUAAGAUCAUGGGUUUUGAGUAUAUUAAGGAUUCUUAUAUUACUGACCCUGAUUUUCAAGAAGUUUUCAGGAAAACUACCAAGAUGGCAGCCGGCCCAUUUUACCAACAAGAUGGCUUCUUGUUCAAGGAAAAGAAAUUGUGCAUUCCCCAAGGGUCCAUGCGGGAAUUGCUGGUUCGGGAGGCCCAUGGUGGCGGCCUCAUGGGACAUUUUGGUAGAGAUAAAACUCUAAGUGUCCUAGCCGACCAUUUCUUUUGGCCAAACAUGAGGAAGGACGUUGAGAACUUGUGCACCAAGUGCAUUGUCUGGCUUAAGACAAAAUCCAGGUCACAUCCUUACGGUUUAUACAUGCCUUUACCUAUUCCUGACCACCCUUGGGUAGAUCUUUCUAUGGACUUUGUGCUGGGCUUGCCCAAGAUAGACCACAAGGAUUCCAUUUUUGUUGUUGUGGACAGGGUCUCCAAGAUGGCUCAUUUCAUUGCUUGUAACACAACCAAUGAUGCCACCCAAAUCGCCAACCUGUUCUUCAAAGAGGUGGUUCGUCUACAUGGCAUGCCUAGGACCAUUGUAUCUGACCGAGACACCAAGUUCUUAAGCCAUUUCUGGAAGACUUUAUGGGGUAAACUUGGUACCAAGCUGUUGUUCUCAACCACUUGCCAUCCACAGACUGAUGGCCAAACCGAGGUAGUAAACCGUACACUCUCCCAGUUAUUGAGAGCUACGGUCGGUAAGAACUUAAGGAACUGGUUAACUUGUCUGCCUUUUAUUGAGUUUGCUUAUAACCAUGCUAGACACUCUACUACUGAUCUUUCUCCUUUUGAAGUUGUAUAUGGUUUUCAGCCGAAGACUCCCUUGGACCUUUCUCCACUGCCCAGUCCUAUGUACCGCAGUCGUGAUGGAGCCCACAAGGCGGAAUUUUUUAAGACUUUGCACCAAAGGGUCAAGGAGAAACUAGAAGCACAGGCGGCCAAGGUCAAGGCGCGGAUCGACCAGAAGAGGAAGGAAGUUUUGUUCGAACCAGGAGACUUAGUGUGGUUGCACAUGCGGCCAGAAAGGUUUCCUGAAGCAAGGAAGUCCAAGCUAUCACCUCGAGGGACUGGACCCUUCCGGGUUCUUGAAAAGAUCAAUGACAAUGCUUAUAAGCUUGAUCUUCCAGAUGAUGAUGUUCUGAGGCCAGAACCUUUUCAAGGGGGAGGGAAUGAUGAGGCCAUCCAAGUAGAGGUUCCCAUAAUUAGGCACGGUCCGACCAAUAGGAGUGGAACCAAGGCCAUAAGAGAAGGGUUCUCCAAGGCGGUCCAACAAAUCCUAGAUCAAGAUGGACAAACCGGCCAGAACCAGCUACUGAUUGAAGAGAUGGUCUAA